AAAAAAGUCAGAAGACAUGGGUCAUCAAGCAAGCCUUCUAUGGUUGACAAGCUCUUAAGAGUUUCUUAUCACGAACUUCACCGUGCAACAUCAGGAUUUUCUCCAGAUAACUUAAUCGGUUCAGGAAGUUUUGGACUUGUUUACAGAGGAAGGUUAUAUGAACAUGGAGACAGGCUUGUUGCUGUUAAAGUUCUUGACCUGCAAAAGAAUGGGGCUUCCAAAAGCUUCAAGGCAGAGUGCGAAGCAUUAAGAAACAUCCGCCAUCGAAAUCUACUCCCUAUCUUAAGCUACUGCUCCAGCAUUGAUUCCAAAGGUCUUGACUUCAAAGCUCUGGUCUAUGAGUUUAUGGGAAACGGAAAUCUUGACUUGUGGUUGCAUCCAGAGACAGCUGAAAUGAUGGGAUCAAGAAAUCUAAAUCUCCCUGAGAGAUUAAAUAUUGCAAUUGAUAUUGCUUCUGCAUUGAAUUAUCUUCACUACCAAUGUGAGGUACCAAUUGUUCAUUGUGAUUUGAAACCAAGUAAUAUCCUUUUGGAUAAUAACCUGGUUGCUCAUGUGGGUGAUUUUGGACUAGCAAAACUUCUUGCUUCAACCACUGAUAGUUCUUCAGUACAAGGAAGCAGCAGUGCUAUAGCAGUAAAAGGAUCCAUGGGAUACGUAGCUCCAGAGUAUGGAAUGGGACUUCAAGUAUCAACCCAAGGGGAUGUUUACAGUUACGGGAUUCUUUUGCUAGAGAUGUUUACAGGAAAGAGGCCAACUGAUGAUAUAUUUAUGGAUGGAUUGGACCUGCAUAAUUAUGUUAAAAUGGCUUUGCCUGAACAAGUUCUUGAGGUUGUGGACCCAAUAUUACUUCUUUCAAAACAAGGAGAUGAAAUUGAAGAAGAGUCUGCACAAGUGGGAUUAGACAAUGAUGAAAAGAAGAUGGAAUGCAUCACUUCAAUACUGAAGAUUGGGGUCGAAUGUUCAGCAACAUCACCAAAUGAUCGCAUGCAUAUGGGGGAGACAGUCAGAAAAUUACAUCGCAUUAGAGAUGGCUUUCUUGGUGCUAAUUACAUAAACAAAGCAAAUCUCGAUAUUUGA